CGCGCUUCUUUCUUUCGGUUUCAUUUCUCUGUGUUGGUCGUUGAAUAAUUUCUUCUAACGCGGAGUUUAAAAGAUAAGGACACAGUUUAAAGUACUACUUUCAACAAAAUAUCAGACUUGUCUGAAAUCAUGGAUAUGGAGGAGGAGUCUCCUGCUGAAGAGCGUCACUGUGAGAUCAGAGAGGAGGGAGGUGCACCGUGUCCCAGCGGUGUGUCUAUAAAGAGUACACAGUCAAUGGAGAAACCCAAUACCUUCAGAACUGGAGCUGUGAAUCCUGGAGUCAUGAGAAAAAGAGGAUGCCAAUUUUUGUCUGAAAUCAUGGAUAUGGAGGAGGAGUCUCCUGCUGAAGAGCGUCACUGUGAGAUCAGAGAGGAGGGAGGUGCACCGUGUCCCAGCGGUGUGUCUAUAAAGAGUACACAGUCAAUGGAGAAACCCAAUACCUUCAGAACUGGAGCUGUGAAUCCUGGAGCCAUAAAAGCAUAUGAAAUCAUGAAUAUGAAGCAUAACUCUCCUGCUAAAGAGCGUCGCUGUGAUAGGAGAGAGAAGACAACAAUUUCAUUGGAUCCACUCUCUAAUUUCAGAACUGGAGCUGUGAAUCCUGAAGACACUGGGGGAAAUGAAGUUGUCAUUAAAACAGUCAAAACCACUCACAAAACCACAAUGAAGAACAAGUAUGAGCGCUUGUUUGAGGGAAUCAAACUACAAGAGAAUGAAACCCUCCUGAACAGCAUCUACACACAGCUCUACAUCAUUGAGGGAGAGAGUGAAGGGGUGAAUGAAGAACAUGAGGUUUUACAGAUAGAGAACACAACCAGAACACAAGACACUCCAAUCUGCUGCAAUGACAUCUUUAAAGCCUCAUCUAAACCAGGACGUGAGGAGAAAGAGAAAAUAAAGACUGUUCUUACUAAAGGCAUGGCGGGAAUUGGAAAAACAUUCUCUGUGCAUAAGUUCAUUCUGGACUGGGCCGAGGGAAAAGCCAAUCAGGAUGUAGAUUUCAUGUUUGUGUUUCCGUUUCGAGAGCUGAACUUGAUUAAAGAUGAUGAGUAUAGUCUUCACAGACUUCUGCUGGACUUUUAUCCUGAACUUCAAGAUCUGGACUCACAGAUUUACGAGGAGUGUAAAGUUGUGUUCAUCUUUGAUGGUCUGGAUGAAAGCAGAAUCACACUGAAGUUUUCAGAUGCUCAGAAAGUUUCUGAUAUAAAUGAGUCUUCAUCAGUGGAUGUGUUGAUGUCAAACCUCAUCAGAGGAGAUCUGUUCCCCUCUGCUCUCAUCUGGAUCACCUCCAGACCAGCAGCAGCCAAUCAGAUCCCCUCUGAAUACAUCAACCGUCUGACACAAAUACAGGGAUUUGAUGACCCUCAGAAAGAGGAAUAUUUCAGGAAGAGAAUCAGUGACGAGCAUCAAGCAAACAUAAUCAUUUCACACAUCAAAAGAUCAAGAAGUCUUUACAUCAUGUGUCACAUCCCCGUCUUCUGCUGGGUCUCAUCCACUGUGCUUCAAAACAUCCUGAAACAAGAUCUGAGUGCAGAAAUCCCUCAAACUCUGACUGAAAUGUACAUCCACUUCCUGCUGAUUCAGAUCAACAUGAAGAACCAGAAGUAUGAAGAGAGAGAUUCAGAAAAACUCCUGCAGUCCAACAGAGAAGUGCUUGUGAAACUUGCUCAAUUGGCUUACAAUCAGCUGAUGAAGGGCAAUGUGAUGUUCUAUGAGGAGGACCUGAAAGAGAGCGGCAUAGAUGUCACUGAAGCAUCAGUGUAUUCUGGGAUUUGCACUCAGAUCUUUAAGGAGGAAUCUGUGAUUCAUCAGAGGAAAGUCUACAGCUUCAUUCAUCUCAGCUUUCAGGAGUUUCUGGCAGCUCUUUAUGUGUUUUUCUGCCACAUACACAACAAGAAGGAAGUACUGAGCACAUUUUACAUAUCCAAGCAAUUAUCAUUGUACAUGCUGCUUAAAGCAGCAGUUGAUAAAUCAUUGCAAACUGGACACUUGGAUCUUUUCCUCCGCUUCCUGCUGGGCAUCGCACUGGAGUCCAAUCACAUACUCUUACAGGAUCUACUGAGUUACACAGAGGACAGCAAUGGGGCCUAUGAUUUAAUCGCAACAUAUAUUAAAGAUACAAUUAUUGGUGACAAACAACUGUCAGCAGAUAAAUCUAUCAAUCUCUUCCUCUGUCUGUUGGAACUGAAUGAUCAGUCUCUCUACAGAGAGAUUCAGAGCUUUGUGAAUUCAGAUGAACUCUCAUGGACGAAACUCUCUCUCCCUCACUGCUCAGCAGUAGCCUACAUGCUUCAGAUGUCAGAUCAAGUGCUGGAUGAACUGAACCUCAAGAAAUUCAACACAUCAGAUGAAGGCAGAAGGAGACUGAUACCAGCUGUGGGGAACUGCAGAAAAGCCCUAUUGUCAGGUUGUAAACUCACUGAUCAGUGUUGUGAAAGUGUGGCUGCAGCAUUACAAUUAAAUUCCUCAUUGAGAGAGCUCGACCUGAGUAACAAUGACCUGAAAGAUUCAGGAGGGAAGCUGCUCUUUGAUGCACUCAAGAGUCCAAAGUGUCAACUAGAAAUACUGAGGUUGUCCAUCUGUAAUAUCACUGAUCAGUGUUGUGAAAGUCUGGCUUCAGCUCUUCAAUCAUCAAACUCCUGUCUAAAGGAGCUGGACCUAAGUAACAAUGACUUGAAAGAUUCAGGAGUGAAACUGAUCGCUGAUGCACUGAAGAGUCCAAACUGUAAACUGGAGAAGCUGAGAUUAUCUGGCUGUAUGGUGACAAAGGAGGGCUGCUCUCAUCUGGCUUCAGCUCUGAGUUUAACAUCCUCCCAUUUGAGAGAGCUGGAUCUGAGCUACAAUUACCCUGGAGAUUCAAAACUCAGUCAGGAGAAUCCAAAAUGCAAACUGGAAAAACUUUGUCUGGAUCACGGGGGAGAGAACAGGAUUAAACCAGGACUACAGAAAUAUUUCUGUGAUCUCACACUGGAUCCAAACACAGUACACAAUCAGCUCUCUCUUUCAGAGAGCAACAAAAAGUUGUUAUAUAAUUCAAAACAGAAGUCAUAUCCUGAUAAUCCAGAGAGAUUUGACGGCCUUCAGCAGGUUCUGUGUAAGGAGCGUCUGUCUGAACGCUCUUACUGGGAGGCUGAAUGGAGCGGGAAGGGUGAUAUGGUCGUGUCAUAUAAAAGUAUCCCCAGGAAAGGAGAAGGUAAUGACGUCAGGUUUGGAACCAAUGACAAAUCCUGGAUUCUGUGCUGCUUUCGGGAUAAACUGUAUUUCUGGCAUAUAGUUGAGGAAACUAACAUAACACACCCAUCACCUCGCUCUAACAAAUUUGGCGUGUAUCUGGACGAGCCGGCUGGGAUUCUGUCCUUCUACAGCAUCUCUGACACAAACACACUCAGACACUUACACACAUUCAACACCACAUUCACUGAACCCCUCUAUGCUGGAUUUGUGCUGUAUAAUGCUUCAGUGUCUCUCUGUGAUGUUAAAAAACAGGGCGAAUAAUUACAAGAUAUACAGUGGCCCCAAAAUGUAUCAGGUCUUAUGAAACAAAAUUACAAAUGUCAAAACAAGUAUCCUUUAAUUUAAAUAUAUUUUUAGAACAGAUAUAUACAUAUGCACGUUCAUGUUGACAGCGACUAUAAAAACAGGAGGUAUAACAGAUCACACCACUAGUUAGUAGUUACUAGUUUCUGUUAUUUUUUGGUGAUUUAAAAAAAAAAAGUUUACCUUUUAAUCUGGUUAUUUUUGUUGCGUAUCAGACCCGAACCAGACAAUUAAAAAAGUCAAUCAGGACUGUGGUUGAAACACGAGCCGAAUUCCUCAGGAAGUCAACACUCCCCUUUGACUUUGAGUCAGAAGCAAGAUAACCAACUAACUAACUCUUUCACAGAACAGCUUUCAACAUUAACACCACUAGAACAAUUAUUGACUAUUUCAAUUCGGAGAAGAGAUUUCAAAUUUGGGGCAAGUAACCAAGAUGCAAUGCUGGCCAUCACAUGUGUACCAUUGAGAGUAAUAAUCAAGAUCCUUGGAUUGACUUCCCCCACCUACCAGAACCAGACUGAAAUUCAUAAGGGGGGCCUUUUAACCUCUGGCCUCCACAGAACAUCCCUAUGUCAGAUAAUGGCAAAGGAACUGUCUUUUCUAGAUAUAUAUGGACUCAAAAAGACUUAUGAAUAUCAGUCCAUCGCUUCACUCCAUAUUCAUUUAUAUGUAACCCACACAUUUGACUAUCAUGUUUAUAAUCACUUAUUGUGUAUGUCUUUUAAUAACUAUUGGAUAGCUUAAGGAUACAUAUUCAUGUUUAGUGUGUUUGUGAUUGAAUCUGUUA